ACCCGCGACAGAUCACUCCUGGUGGCCUUUCCGUGCUCCGUUUCAUUUGCUGUGUGUAUAGAAUUACGAUACACGUAUUAGUUGCCGCUGACAUGCCCAGCGCCUCGCCUCGCGCGCUCCCGCUGUCGGGGCCAGGCAUUACCUCUGCAACGCGCUGCCUUACGCGGCCGCUCUCGCGUCCAGCACCAUGCCCGGCGCAGCCUAACAGGCAUGUUGGCCAUGCUCGCGCGCAGCGCCUGCGGUGCGCUGCCUCGGGGGCACCUGGCGACGGUGGCAAGCAAGACAGCCAGUCCACCGCACCCGCGUCGAAUGGCGCGCCCCCGAUUGCACCCGCCUCCGCUCCCGGCGUCGCGCGGCGCACCGCUCUGCUAGGCGCCGCCAUGCCGUGCUGUGCGUGUGUGUUUUGCGGCGGCGGCGAGGCCAAGGCCGCCGGGGGCUCGGGUGCUGGCGGCGGCCGCAACCCCCUGUACGACAGCUACUUCGCCAACGCCAUGAGGUACGGCAUGGACGACUACGAGGCCGCCAUUGCGCCCGUCAAGUCGCAGCUGUUCGGCUGCCUGCUUGGCGGACUGCUGGGCGGCGGCAGUAGCAGUAGCAGUAGCAGCAGCAGCGGCAGUAGCAGUAGCAGUAGCAGCGGCAGUAGCAGUAGCAGCGGGGACCCAGUCAAGUUGCUGGAGGUGGGCAUCGGCACGGGGCCCAACUUCGACUUCUACAAAAUGGCGCUGCAGCAGCAAUCUGGAUCCGGUCUUGCUGGCGGGAGCCGGCCGGUCCACAUCGUGGGUCUGGAUCCAAAUCCGGAGAUGCUCAAAUUCGCGCGCGAGGCCGCCGUCUCGGCCGGCUUUAGCCUGCGCGAUGUGGAGCCGGCCGGCAGUAGCGGCAGUGCCGGCAGUAGCGGCAGCAGCAGCAGCGGCAGGGCGGUGGAGGUGUCACUGGUGGAGGGCGGGGUGGAGGCGCUGCCGUUCGCGGACGGCGAGUUUGAUGGCGCCGUGGUGACACUGGUGCUGUGCUCGGUGCCGUCGCCCACCACGGCUCUGUCGGAGCUGCGGCGAGUGGUGCGGCCGGGCGGUCGGGUGCUGCUGGUAGAGCAUGUGGGGGCGGACGCAGGGUCGCGGCCGCUGCUGCGGCUGGUGCAGGGGGCGCUGAGUCCGCUGCAGCGGGCGCUGGCGGACGGGUGCAAUCUGGAUCGGGACACGCUGAAGGCGGUGCGGGCGGCGGGCUGGGAUCCGGAGGUGGCGGGGCAGGGCGCGGGGGACAGGAGCUGGGGGGAGGGCCUGGGUCUGGGCGGGAGCGGGGGAGGGGGCGGCGGGGGCGUGGGGCUGAAGCAGUUUGACCUUGCGGGCAUGUCCAUCUUGGCGCCGCACCUGGCCGGAGUAAUGGUGCGGUAGAGAUUUGCAGUGGGCUGCACAGCUGCGCGGGUGCAGUGCGUUUGCGCGGGUGCAGUGCAUUUGCGUGUGUGCAGUGCAUCGGGCAGGGGGAAGCGUCGUGAGCGGCCAGGAGUUCGAACGGCGGCGACCUGAUUUGUACAAGUUCAAGGAGACGUGACCGCAUCAUGCCAAUCUAUGUAAGUGGACACUGUUGCUGGUUUAAGGACGUGAGGGGGUGAAAGUGGCGUGCGUUUGGUGCUACAGGUCCGGGGUGGACCAGACCACACCGCCAGCGAGGCCGAGCGGGGCCGCGCGGGGCCCAGCGCCUGCGUGCAUCGGUAGUCUGGGCAACGGGCACCGAUUAAGUAUAAAAGGGAG